CAAAUAUUUCUGUUUAGGACCUUGAGGCCUUGUCUUUCAUGGAAAAGGUGUGUGGCACGUGAGAAGUUCUCAUCCUCGCCUCUAUCCCUCCCGCACUCUAUCUCUUACAUGGCAUCAUAUUCUUCAUAUAUAUCGUCCUCCACCCGUCCUAUCAGUGCAACCACAUCCAGACUUCAUGAACUCUUCCAUGCCGCUCACAUCGAUAUGUCCUCUCUUACUCGGCCUUUUUGUAGGCACCCGCCCGGGACAUAGUUGUGGAAACCUACUACAGGCUCAUAUUAAGUUGCCAAAUAUGCAUCCUGGUACCUAGACGUCCCUUUUCAGUCUUGUCAGGACACAAAUGACGGAUGCAAGUGCUCCCCCAGAUCUUGAGUAGACGAUCAUUUACCCGCUGCCGGAAUGCGCCUGAUAUCUUGUGCCUCGAUUUCCAACUUGCAUCCUGACGUCGCUGCAUUCUGUCCCGAUUUCCAUGCAAGGAGAUGCUGUCAAGAUCAUUGAGCUCCUUGCUCGCUGUAUUGCUGUUUCUUACAGCAGCUGAAGCUGGUAGAUUCAGCGAGUAUGCUCAUCGGAAAGGUUAUGGUCCGGAUCUGAGGCCAAAUGGCUUUCUUAUGGAUGAAAGCAAUGCCGCGGCGACAAACACCACGUUUCGUUUCCUUAAUAAUGCCACUCAGCCAUUCCAAGUCAAUGCUCUUCCUGAUAUUCCGUUCGAUGUGGGGGAGAUGUAUGCUGGAUUGAUGCCAAUUCACAACGGCGAUCCAUCUCGUUCCCUGUAUUUCGUCUUCCAGCCCAAACUCGGCGAUCCCGUCGAUGAGCUUACAAUAUGGCUAAACGGAGGACCAGGUUGUAGCUCACUUGAAGGCUUCCUCCAAGAGAAUGGCAGAUUUAUCUGGGGCUGGGGACAAUAUUCGCCAAUGAUCAAUCCGUACUCCUGGGUCAAUCUUACGAAUAUGCUUUGGGUGGAGCAACCUGUUGGCACUGGCUUUACGCAGGGGAAACCACAGGCGUCGGGGGAGUAUGACAUUGCUUAUGAUUUUAUCGACUUCCUCAUGAAUUUCGAGACGACUUUUGGCAUCAAGAACUUCAAAAUUUAUGUGACUGGUGAGUCCUAUGCAGGGAGGUACGUACCGUACAUUGCCUCCGUUAUGCUAGACAGACAUGACAAGACGCACUACAACAUAUCAGGUGCUCUCAUGUACGAUCCGGUGAUAGGCAGCUAUGUUUAUGCACAGCAACAAGUUCCAUUAGUACCAUUUAUUGUCCAAAACAACAAUGUCCUAGGUCUCAACGAUAGUUUCCUAUCCCACCUCAAAGGCCUUGAUAGCUCCUGCGGAUACGCAGACUACCGCAACAAAUACCUCUCCUUCCCACCACCGGGCAACCAACCCGCUAAAUUCUUCAAUUAUUCCACCUCCUCAGACCAAGCAUGCGACCUCUGGGGCUUUGCCAACAACGCAGCUCUGCUAGCUAACCCCUGCGCCAACGUUUACCAAAUCGCCACAUACUGUCCCCUCCCCUCCGAUCCAUUAGGAUUUCCCACCGAUCUAAUAUACUCAUAUCCUGGCCUCCCAGUCUACUUCAACCGCGCCGACGUCAAAGCAGCCAUGCACGCACCCCCAAAUACCACCUGGUCCGAAUGCAACGGCCCAGUCUUCAUCUCCUACUCUGGCGGUCCCGAAGACGAAGGCGAUUUCUCGCCCGACCCCAUCCAAUUCAUCCUGCCCCAGGUCAUCGAGAAUACUCACCGAGUCCUGAUCGCCAACGCCGAUCUGGACAUGGAGAUCAUCACCAAUGGUACGCUGCUUGCUAUCCAGAAUAUGACUUGGGGCGGGAAAUUGGGGUUCCAGAAUCAGCCCAAUAGGUCCAUUGUUAUUGAGUUGCCGGACUUGCAGUAUGGGGAUACGUUUGCGAGUAAUGGGAUGCCCGGGAUGGAUAAUCCGCAGGGGAUGAUGGGGAUACAGCAUUUUGAGAGGGGGUUGAUGUGGGCAGAGACUUGGAUGAGUGGGCAUAUGCAGCCGCAGUUUCAGCCCAGGAGUAGUUAUAGGCAUUUGCAAUGGCUGUUGGGACAUAUCAAUGAGUUGUAAGAUCUGGAUGGUAGUAAAGAUGGUACAUUGGGACAGGAAAAGAGUGGAGGCAAUUUGGGAAUGCGAUUUGUAAGUAAUGAGACAUUGUAAUGUUGAUAUACGAUCAGAAAUACGAGUACCUUCGAAGCUUAAACGUCAGAUAAAACGUGGACAUAGGUCAUGUAAUCAUGGUAUAUGGUGGGAAUAUUCACAUGGAUCCCUAUACGACAACUGUUGGAGAUAUCAAUUGCCUCGCGACUAUUUUCUUGAUGG